UCCAAGUUACGAGAUAAAGCGCCUCUCACGACCUGUUUUCUGGUGCUAUUGUCUCUCUCGCCCCGGCUCCGGCUCCGGCUCCGGCUCCGCCGCCGCGGUCCUCCGUCCUCCCUCCCUCCCUCUGCACGGGCGGCUUGUUGGUAAACACGGAUCGGAUCCCUCCGGCGAGGACUCCCUCCGGUGCAUUGAUGCACCCGUUUCAGUGGUGUAACGGCUGCUUCUGUGGUCUGGGACUGGUUUACUCCAACAAGUCGUGCACCAUGCCGCCCAUAACCUUCCAGGACCUACCUCUCAAUAUCUACAUGGUCAUAUUUGGGACAGGCAUCUCUGUCUUCAUCCUGAGCCUCAUCUUCUGCUGUUAUUUCAUCAGCAAACUACGACACCAAGCCCAGAGUGAGCGGUUUGGAUACAGAGAGGUAGUUUUAAAAGGAGAUCCCAAAAAGCUGAGCCUCCACGGGCAGACGUGUGCCGUGUGUCUCGAGGAUUUCAAAGUGAAAGACGAGCUGGGAGUGUUGCCAUGCCAACAUGCUUUCCACAGGAAGUGUCUGGUAAAGUGGCUGGAGGUGCGCUGCGUCUGUCCCAUGUGCAACAAGCCCAUCGCCGGCCCCCCCGAGCAGCACCACAGCAUAGGGACUCUGCUGGAUGAACUGGUCUAGCCCUGUCAAAGCCCUGCAAGCCAGCAAGUGAU